AGUCAGUCUCCGGUCCCGUGCAUCAUCGUCGUGGUCCGCGCGCGAGCAACCCAUAUACACGCCGCUGAUAAACACCCGCCGCGCGGUAACCUACUGGUAGCCUAGUGUCGUACGGUUUCCGCGGUGUUCCCACGACCGCUUGUUAUACGCGUGCACCACAACACCUCGCUACCGUGCGUGACGACCGGGUGUUCGCGAAAACAGUGCGAUGUUCGUCUGGCGUUCGGCCAACUGCGCGUAAAAAUACGAAAACGCUAUCGAAAUACGGACGGACCGCAGCAGCAGCAGCAGCAGUGUUUGUGCGCGAGAGAGAGAGAGUGAGAUAGUGAGAGAGACAAAAGCGAUCGUCGUCGUAACCGCAGCCGGUUAAAUGGGUGUUUUUUGCCGAUCGCGUUGAGGUGUAGUGAAACGCGCGGUUCCGACGUAUAGUACACGUUUAAUAGCAGAACAACAGUGCGUCAACACAGUUUCCGAACACGAUACGAUGACGCGUCCCUAUCGAAUGUACGUGGUCGCCGUGGUUCUCGCCCUGUGCGCCGCCGUCAUUUCGGCGUCCGCGGACUCGGACAUGGACGUGGACCCGACGGACCCGUGCUACGACGGCGAGCGGGCCCGCCGGUGCGUGCCCGAUUUUGUGAACGCCGCGUACGGCGGUCACGUGGAAGCGACUAGCACGUGCGGCGUGCGCGGUCCCGAGCGGUACUGCGAACUCGGGCCCACGUCGCAGGGUGUGUGUCACGUGUGCGACGACUCGCAGGCCAGACGCCGGCACCCGGCCGCCUACCUGACGGAUGCCAACAACCCGUACAACACCACGUGCUGGCGGUCCGAAACGCUGUCCGCGCAACCGGUGGACCCGACGUCCGCGCUCCCGCCGCCUGACAACGUUACGCUCACGCUGUCGCUGGGUAAGAAGUACGAGCUCACCUACAUCAACUUGCAAUUCUGCCCGAAGGCCGCGAAACCCGACUCGAUAGCCAUUUACAAGAGCAUGGACUACGGCAAGACGUGGCAACCGUUCCAGUUCUACUCGGGCCAGUGCCGCAAGGUGUACGGCCGGCCGAACCGGGCCGUCAUCACCAAGGCCAACGAGCAAGAGGCCCUGUGCACCGACUCACACCGGUUCAACGGUGCCGGGUCGUCGGCGUCUCGAGUCGCGUUCAGCACGCUCGAGGGCCGUCCCAGUGCUAUCGACUUUGACAACAGCCCCGUGCUCCAGGACUGGGUCACUGCUACCGACAUCAAGAUCAUUUUCAACCGGCUGCACUUCCCGGUCGGCUCGGACCCGCCCUCGGCCGCGUCUGUCAGCACCACCACCACCAGCACCAGCACUACUAGCACCCCUAGCACUACUGGCGAAGAUAUAGGUAUCAGGUCGGAUUCUGAAGAACUGCUGAACGGUAACAAGACUAGUGCGAACCUACUGAUGCUGAACCCGGACCAGGAAUUGCAAGGACACGAACCCGAGAAGACUACCGCGGUACCGGUGAUCACUACCGCGUCUUCGUCCACCGGUCGCACGUACCAUUACGCGGUUUCCGACCUGUCCGUGGGCGGUCGGUGCAAAUGCAAUGGACACGCUUCCAAAUGCGUACCGUCCGGUCCCGGCGGCACUCUGGUAUGCGAUUGCAAGCACAACACCGCUGGACGAGACUGCGACCGUUGUAAACCAUUCCACUUUGACCGGCCCUGGGCCAGGGCUACGGUUCGCGACCCUAACGAAUGCAAAUCUUGUAAUUGCAACGAGCACGCAAAACGAUGUCGAUUCGAUAUGGAGCUAUAUAAACUGUCUGGUCGAGUGAGCGGUGGCGUAUGCCUCAAAUGCAGACACUUCACGGCUGGUAGAUACUGUCAUUACUGCAAGGAGGGAUACUACAGGGAUCCUACUAAGCCCAUGACACACCGAAAAGCUUGUAAAGCGUGCAAUUGUCAUCCAGUGGGUGCAUCCGGAAAAACAUGCAAUCACACUACUGGACAAUGUCCUUGCAAAGACGGCGUGACCGGAAUAACAUGCGACAGAUGUGCCAAAGGAUAUCAACAAAGCAGAUCACAAAUUGCACCAUGCAUAAAAUUACCAUCAAAGAUUUUUGUGAACCAAAUGUCGGCAGAUGCUCGUGCAGCUGAAAAUGACAGAGGAGACGAGGGGGACUACGAUGAAGACGAUGAAGAUGACCAUAGAGAUCAGUGCGGAAAGUGUCGAUCCGGAACCAGGAGACUGAACUUGAACAAGUACUGCCGUAGAGAUUACGCUAUUUUGGGGAAAAUGUCGGAACCAACCAUCUCGAAGAACUGGGCAAAGUUCACGAUGAACAUACAGUCUAUUUACAAGCGCGGUCAUACGUCGAGACUUCGUAGGGGACCGGCCACGCUUUGGAUACACGAUAACGACCUGAAGUGCAAGUGCCCUAAGAUCAAACCCGGAAGGUUGUACCUGAUCCUCGGCAAGGAGAACGACGGCGAUCGGCGCGACGGACUGGUGUUGACGCAGAGAUCGAUAGUGAUCGAGUGGCGGGACGAGUGGCACAACCGCAUGCGGCGAUUCCAAAGACGGGCCCAGCACUGCGAUUGAAGCACGCAAAGACAAAUUCAACGAACCCGCCGCCCCUCCCGAGAAACCACCGCCAUCCAAUCCCGACCAAAUCCUUUUCCUCCGGUAUAUACGUACAACAUACGUGAUGCACCACGGUUAACUCGCGCCCCUUGCCCGCGCGUGCGGUCCUCUUCGUCCUUACAUUACAGGCACACCGUAUACACACACUUUUUUUUUACUAUACGUAUAUACACGUAUACAUCAUUAUAAAAUAUAACACACACACACCCCAACAAUUGGUGCGUGCACGCGUACGGCCGGAUACGAUCGAACGCGCGUUUGUGCGUUCCGUGUUUCGGUCGGUCGCGGCGUGUGCUGAUGGUUUCCGUUAGACGCGUGUAGAGAAACGCACGUUGUAUAGACGCAUAGAUCUUCUACGGCGGGGAUCGAGCGAAAAUCUUAGCGGACGGUUACGAUUUCUUUCUCCGUGCACGAGCGAUUAUUCGGUCGUGUUGCUCGUGACACCCAACCGCCGUGCCAGCCUGGACAUUUUUUCGGCAACCCAUGGCGCGACGAUGUCCGCGAGUGACUGCGCGAGUGGCUCCGCUACCCGAUCUCCAUCCGUGUGCGUAGACACACCGUUCCCACUACUUCCCUCGUCCGUACACCGCCAUGUACUCAUAACAUACUUUAUAACAUGACCUAUUACGUAUUCUAUAGUUCUUAAGUCAUUAGUUUAGCGUCCAGUACGUUUUUCGUUCAUAAUAUUCGUACAUUAUAACAUAAUAUUAUAUUAAACAUUUUUAUUAUACAAAAAAAAAAAAUUAUCAACUAUUCUAUCAGUAGAGAAGCCCGAGAAUACAUAAUUAAUAAUAGUAUAUAGCAAUAAACGAUUCCAUUAUCAUAUGAACACUAUUAUUAUUAUUAUUAUUAUUAUUAUUAUUAUUAUUAUUAUUACUAUUAUAUAUCAUAUACUAUACGAUAAUGUUUUAUAAACUAUUACAAUUACCUAGCCAAGUGUUCUAGAACUAUUCAACUACCCUUCCUACCCCAUCCCCUUCUUUUAACAAUCAUCCAUCAAUCUCGACUUCGUGUAUAUAAUAGACAUACACGAUGUGUGUUCGUUUUGCUAAGGUAGAGAUUAUAAUAUUAUUAUGAAGUGUCCCAUACAAAAGACAUCCACUACCGCUUUCACCAUAGUUAUAUAAAGUACUCUUCAAUUCGGCUUUCGACCUUUUAAUGUUUGCAUAUAGUUAAGUAUACAUGACAUGAACCAAAAAAAGAUAAAAAAUAAUAUCUUUAGAGUUUUUUAUGUUCGACUUAUAAAAUAUAAUAUAUAAUAUCUUAUUUAUAAAACAUAUAUUAUAUUUAUAUAUAUUCAUAUCGGGUAUUACGGAGAUCUGACAUUUUUCAAUGUAAAACUGUCAUAUUUUUAUGAUACGCCCGAUAUUAUAAUAUAAUUAUACACUACAGUCCUUAUUAAAUUAUUAUUAUAAUUAUAUCAUAGUUAUAGUAAUCCAUACAUAGUGAUUAGAAUUUUAUGUAGAAUCGGUAAUUCCUAUUAAUUUACAUUUUAAGACACCUGGAGUUUAAUUUUUUUUUUAUUUAUAUAUUUAUAUAUAU